CAAAGAUUUCUCACUCAGUCUUCCACAGUUUCACAUGUCAGAGUGCUGAACAAGUCUGCAUUAUAUGCACAAGUAAAAAGGACUCCGUAUGACUCUUAUCUCUUCUUGUAGAUGGUGUUCGAUCUCGUAGAAUCGACGACGUUAAUGUGAGCAACUGGCUAUUGAAGUUGAGGAAAACAGAAUGGGUCGCCACUCUCACAACUCCACCGAUGGAGUCUCUCAGCGUGUCAACAGCCCUCGAUUCUCGGGUCCAAAGACUCGCCGGGCACACUCUUUCAAGAGAAACCCAAACAGUGCUCACAACAACGCCACUAACAGCAGCAGCAGCAACAGUACUGCUGCCAGUUUUAGUUCUAACCAUGAGAUUGACCUCCAUCUGGGUUCACCCAAGUCUGAAAAUUUGGUCUCCAUUGAUGGGUUUGAGAGGCAGAGUAUCCACGCGACUCAGAGAUCACAUGGGGGUGUGGCGAGGGGUUUUCUGAAGAAGCCCAUUGGAUCUGUUGUGGUGGGUUUGGGGUUGAGGGAGAAGAAGAAGCUUGGGCACUGGAUGUUCUCGUUGUUUUGUGGGAUUUGCUUGUUUAUGGGUGUCUUGAAGAUUUGUGCUACUGUGUGGUUUGGAUCUGCCCUUGAAAAAGCAAGUUCCAAUCAGGACUCCUCUGAUUCCAUAACUCGGUUAACUUUGAUGGAACAAAGCUCUCAUGCAUAUGACUAUGGAGAGGGAGCACAUGAUGUUGAGCAGACUCCAAUGAUGGUAACAUCAGGUGUAAUCAAUAGCCAAAAUGGCAUGGCCGAAUACUCAGGUAUCUGGUCCAAACCCAGAAGCGAUACUUUCACUCGGUGCAUUCACCAGCCAAGAAGUCAAAAAAAGCUCGAUGCAAAAACAAAUGGCUACAUCCUCAUAAAUGCUAACGGUGGCUUGAACCAGAUGAGAUUUGGGAUUUGUGACAUGGUUGCUGUGGCUAAGAUUCUGAAGGCAACACUUGUCCUUCCCUCCCUUGAUCACACCUCAUACUGGGCUGAUGACAGUGGCUUUAAAGAUCUGUUUGAUUGGCAACACUUCAUUGAAACUCUGAAGCAUGAUAUCCAUGUAGUUGAAACAUUACCUCCUGCUUAUGCUGAAAUUGAGCCUUUCAACAAAACACUAAUAUCUUGGUCUAAGGUUAGUUAUUAUAAAACAGAGAUCAUCCAGUUACUGAAGCAGCAUAAAGUAAUCUACUUCACAUAUACUGAUUCGCGGCUUGCCAACAAUGACCUCCCACCUUCCAUACAAAAGUUGAGGUGCCGUGUAAAUUACGAGGCACUAAAAUACUCAGCCCCAAUAGAAGAACUUGGAAACACCUUAGUUGCUAGAAUGCGAGAAAAUGGAAGCCCAUAUCUUGCUCUCCAUCUGAGGUACGAGAAAGAUAUGCUUGCAUUUACAGGCUGUGGUCAUAAUUUGACUGCUGAAGAAGAUGAAGAGUUACAUAAGAUGCGAUAUGAAGUCGGCCACUGGAAAGAGAAAGAGAUAAAUGGGACAGAGAGAAGAUUGCUUGGUGGUUGUCCAUUGACACCCAGAGAGACUGCCCUUUUGCUCAAGGGGAUGGGCUUCCCAUCCAAUACCAGGAUUUACUUGGUGGCUGGAGAAGCUUUUGGGAGAGGAAGUAUGAAAUAUCUAAAGGAUGAGUUCCCUAAUAUCUUCUCUCAUUCCAGUCUCUCUACAAAAGAUGAGCUGAAUCCUUUCAGAAAUCACCAAAACAUGUUGGCCGGAAUAGACUAUGUUGUCGCUCUUCAGAGUGACGUUUUUGUUUAUACUUAUGAUGGAAAUAUGGCAAAGGCAGUUCAAGGUCAUAGGCGGUUUGAGGACUUCAAGAAAACAAUCAGUCCAGACAAGAUGAGCUUGGUAAAACUUGUUGAUGAAUACGAUGAAGGGAAAAUAUCAUGGAAGAAGUUCAGCUCCAAGGUAAAAAAGAUUCAUGAAGAUCGGGAUGGAGCUCCGUAUCUAAGAGAACCCGGGGAGUUUCCGAAGCUAGAGGAGAGUUUCCAUGCAAACCCCCUUCCAGGAUGUAUAUGUGAUUUGAGAAAGGAAAAAAAGUAGAUGUUAAACUGGCAGUUUCUCUUUGUUAUUUUGUGGGCUGAGCGCGGCAGCAUGCAAUGGAAUGGUGAAUGUGGUGAUAUUUACGUAUCCAAAUGCAAGAGAUGGUCAGUUUAUUACUUGGAAACAGGCCCACCCUGCUUAUUGAGGAAAUCAUUCUGUUUCUAGAUGGCAUCAUGGCUCGAUGGUUGCUACACUACACGGAUCAGGUACACAAUCUCAGCGACAGGCAAUUGAAAUUACCAGUAUUGGGUGUUAAAUUCUCUCUAUAGUCUCUAGUGUAUCAUACACAUCAAUGGACAACGCUAGCUUAUGGUGUACUUAUUAUUUGGGAUUUUGGGGUUGCAGGUUCUCCUGAUUUUACAUUUUGAAUAAUUGAUAGCAAUAUAAGGACUUAUAGCAUUGAAUUUUACUACAUUUAUAUCAAUAAUACAGGAAUUUUUUUUUUU